AUGGCCGAUGAAUCAGCAGCAAAUGACUUCGCUCAUGUACCGGGUUUGUCGCUUCAGGAGAUAUCCGAGAGAUACACACAGUGGGCAAAGGACGCCAAAUAUGAAAAGGAUCUGAGGGCAGAAAACUACAAAGGCCCAAUCAUAGCAGCAGACUUUACCGCCAAGCAGUUUCCAGACGAGGCUGAACGAAAGAGAAUCACUAUCUUGGAUGUGGCUGCAGGUUCUGGCUUUGUUGGCGAAGAGCUCAAAGCUAGAGGAUUUACGAAGAUAGAUGCUCUAGAGCCUAGCGAGGGAAUGCUCAACUUGGCCAUAGCAAAAGGCAUCUAUGACAGAACAUUUCUUUCAUUCCUCAACGGGGAACCGAUCAAGAUCGAGUCCAAUUACUAUGAUGUUGCAGUAACAAGUGGAGGCAUGGGAGAGGGGCAUAUCCCAUGUAGUGGUUUGCAUGAGCUCAUUCGUGUAGUUAAGCCAGGUGGCCUAGUGAUCAUUGCCAUGCGAGAAGCCUACCUGACCACUGUCUUAGAGUACAAAGACAGACUGGAACCUCUGAUGCAGCAACUGGAGAAGGAAGGAAAGUGGGAAACCGUGUCCAGGACAGUGGUACCACGCUACUCAUUUGAAAACAAUGGCGUUGUUUACAUUUUUAGGGUCAAGGAGAGCUCUCCAUAA